UUUUGACAGCUGCAUUGUUAUUUGUUUCGCAAAUAAUUUUGAAUAAUACGAUUAAUUAUAUAAAUUUCUAUUACCUACUUUCAUGGUAUGUCUGAAGAAAUAUUGCUCGUAGAUGACGACAUAAAAUACCACGAACAAUUCUUACCCCCAGAGCUUACCCCUGCGAGCAAAUCGACGAUAAACAAAAUAUUCGAGGAUUUCAAUUUUGCAUUGUCGAAUGACAGCGCCAAAUCCAGCAUGGUAGUCGAGGAGGCGAGGUACACGAUUCCCACCCAACUUACCAACAGUUUCGAUAGGGAGAAUUGGACCGUCUCCACGGACCACUGUUACGCCAGACCGUGGAACUGGAGGCCGGAGGCGAGUUUUCUGCGACCCACGAAGACCUUGUUCAUCCCGAAAUUAGUGCCGGUCAAAUCCUCCAAUUCGAUACAAGACAACGAUGAUGCUAUCGAUAUCGAAUCGGAGGUCGAAGUACCCGCUCCUAACUACGAUGUAGCCAAAGCCAAGAGCCUAAUGGAGGAGUGCGAAAAGCACGCUUUCUCCAUUAGGGCUGAUACCGAAGAAGAUUGGGAGGAAAAAGUCUCGAAGUUAAAUUGGACCACCGGCCAACACAAACUCUUUAACACCAUGGUGAAUAUUUUGAACAGCUUCAAUUUAUCGAAAUUGGCGUACGAGAAUUCUUCCAACGAGCCUCUUCUCAGACGCACCAUCAUCGACAAGGCCGUACAAAGAGUUAGACGUUUAUUAGCUUCAGUGCUGUGGGACUCGAAACUCACUCAAUGGUUGCACCAGAUCCUAAUCGAGAAUUUAGGACCGCACUAUUUGGCCUUUUACCUAGACAUACUUCAAACGUUGAAAUCGAAGCUGCCCAAUUUCGUCGAUAAAAUGAUGCACACCCCGACAUCAACGUUUCGAGCGGGCUGCAUCAACAGCAUAGCCCUAACAUCGUUGUUGGAACGCCCUUGGGAUCCCGUAUCGACCACUCUAAUGCAAGACAAACCGAAAAAGCUACCCGGCAAUCCCGUGAUAAUCGUCGUGCCUUCGGGACCCACAACAUCGAAGACCUUCCACAAAUGGCGGGCUCUACUAACGAACCUCGGCACGGUGGUCACCGUACCGACCAACUUCGGUUCGACAGGCCAUCGACUGACCAUGCCGAGCAUCUUGGACCAAUUGUUCUCGAUAACGAGAGGCAAAAUCCAAGACGUCAGAGACACGUUCCCCGGCAGGAACAUUAUAUUGGUGGGCUUCAACAGCGGCGCCGCCUUGGCGUUGCAAGUGGCCCACAUCGAGCCCGUUCUCUGCGUGAUCAGCGUCGGAUUUUCCUUGUUGACGGCCGAAGGGCUGAGGGGCGAGCCCGACGAUAACGUGCUCGAAUUGCAAUGUCCCGUGCUGUUUGUAAUCGGACAGUGUUCGAACAGUUCGAGCCAGGAAGAUUUGGAGGAUAUGCGCGAACGAAUGAGAGUGGAAACUGGUCUGCUAGUAGUCGGUUCGGCCGAUGAUUAUUUGAGAGUUAGCAAGAAGAAACGAAGGCAAGAAGGUAUCACGCAGAGUAUCGUCGAUAGAUGUAUCCUAGAUGAAAUGGGUGAAUUCAUCAGCGGCUUGAUCCUCUCCCCAUUCCCGCCCCAAAUCCGCCAAUCUCCCACGCACGUACCGCCCGAAACUCCUAUAAAAAAAGGUAAUCCGGAACGGAAACGUUACAGCUCUAAUGCUAGUUCGUUGGACAGCGAACCGCCAUCGCCGACGCCAGUCCGGAUGAACAAAUCAGUAGGUCGACCGCCCGGUUCGAAGAGCAAGAACCGCCUCGAGGCGAAAUGGGCGCAGCAAAUAGCCCAAGGUAACCUCCAGUCCGCCUCGUCGACUAAUCCUCCUAGCCCGUCGCCCAUUCCACAUUCCCCCAUCGCCUAUCCCGCCGCCACCGCCUCCGAUACGUCCUCGAACGACGGUUCCUCCGCGGCUGAAAAACCGCCGAAGCCGGGCGAUCCGCCGCAAUCGCCGGCGCCGCCGGCGGCGGUGAAAAAGCUCAAAACGCUGCUGCCGGUGGAGAAACCGUCCCAAGGGCCUGCGGCCAAAAAUCAACACUCGCCAGCUAGAAUGCACGCGUUCGGUAUGGGCAGGAACGCCUCGUCUCAAGGUAACACCAGCGUGACGAAUUUGUUACAAGGUGGCAUUAAGACAAUACCGCCAUCUUUACCCAAGCCUUCUACUUCCGGUAUUAAAGUUUUGGAACACGUCACCAUACACAACGCCAAUCCCGGUAAGCUGUUGUCCAACAGGACGAUAGAUUUGUCGAAAAUAACGCUGUUGAAUUCGUCGAAAGCGUCGAGUCCCGCCGUUAGCAACGUAUUACUAUUGCCCGAUAACAAAAUCAAAACCAUCGGAUCGGGCGUGAAGGGCGCUUCGUCGGGCGGUAAUAUUCUGUUGCCGAUGAGCCCUUCGAAGGGAACGCCGAAGACCGCCGUAUCUGCCGGACCGAAAUACAUAACGGCCAAGCGUCAAUUGAUGAACCAGAAGCCGCCGCGGACGGUCAAGAAGCCGAUCUACAUGCCGGCCACGAAUUUGGAGCCGCCCCUGCCGCCCCCUACCAAUUUGACGACGCAGGACAUCAUGGAUUUGCCGAUCAUCUUCGCCGAUGAUAAUCAAUUGCUCGGCAACGCGGCCGGUCCUGCCGACGUUUUGCAAACGUCCGCGGCCGUCCAGCAAGCGUCCCAGCCUUCGAAAACCCUGGCGAACGUGGCCUCGACGAAGUACAUGCUGGUGAACAAGCAAACGCUGGGCCAAGGUAAUUACAUUCUGACUCCGAGCAUCAAGAAAGGCAGUCCCGUUACGUCGGCGUUCAACAAACCCACGCCGAAAUACACGAAGAUCAUUUUAUCGUCGAAGAAGAACAACGCGGAGGAUUUGAAGCCGGUCGCUGCGAGUACGCCGUCGAAAAUUCAAUGCCUUUCGCCGGAAAUAACGGUGAAAAAGGUGCUGAGCGCGCAAGGCCAACUGAUCAAAUCCGAGAGUUCCACGUCGAUGGAAUUGGUCGAUUUGGAAAACGAAAUCAAAGCGACGGCCGUACCAAAACCGAAUCUCUCCACGUCGGACGUGAAAAACAUCAAAAUUAUACCGAAAUUAUCUACGGACGUCCAAUACGCCGCUGCCAAUGUGCAAAAGAGGCCUUCGAUGGAAAACGUGGACGAAGGCGAUCCCGAUUACGUACCCCCUAAGAGCUUAAAAUUAGAAUAAGGUAAAUUGAUUUUCCUUCUUUUCGUUCGUUUGUUGGAUUAUUAAACUGUUUCGAG